GGCACUGCACUGUGAGGCAAAGGAAUGGAGGUUAGUAAGGGACGUACUCCGGGGGAGAGACCCUGAGCCACUUAGAUUCGGAAGGCCACGCUGGCCUGUUUGGGUGGGCUUCCAAGCGGGUCGGAGAGUUCAGUCAUGUUCGCCCACGCGGUGAUGCGCGCCCUGCGCAAGAAUAAGACCCUUCGCUACGGAGUUCCCAUGUUGUUGCUGAUUGUUGGGGGUUCUAUUGGUCUUCGUGAGUUUUCACAAAUCCGUUACGAUUCUGCGAAGGUUAAAGUGAGAUAACGCUUCAGAGCGGCAGCCAGAACCACAACUCCCAGCAUUCCUGGCGCUCGCCGCUCUCCUGACUUCCUCUUCCGGUUCGGGGGCUACUGAGACCGAAAGUACGGUUCUGUGGCCACCGACGGGGUGAUUUUCACCUUCGCCUGCGCGAGCCCUCGCUGACCCAGGUUGGGAAGCCAGACAAGAGUAAAAUAUGAACGGAAGAGUGGAUUACUUGGUUACUGAGGAGGAGAUCAAUCUCACUAGAGGACCCUCAGGGCUGGGCUUCAACAUCGUCGGUGGCACAGAUCAGCAGUAUGUCUCCAAUGACAGUGGCAUCUUCGUCAGCCGCAUCAAAGAGAACGGGGCUGCAGCCCUGGAUGGGCGGCUCCAGGAGGGUGAUAAGAUCCUCUCGGUAAACGGCCAAGACCUAAAGAACCUGCUGCACCAGGAUGCCGUAGACCUCUUUCGUAAUGCAGGCUAUGCUGUGUCCCUGAGAGUGCAGCACAGGUUACAGGUGCAGAAUGGGCCUAUAGGACAUCACGGUGAAGGGGAGCCAAGUGGUAUUCCCAUAACUGUGGUGCUGGUGCCAGUGUUUGCCCUCAUCAUGGUAGCAGCCUGGGCCUUCAUGAGAUACCGGCAACGACUUUGAAAAGCUUGCUUUCUUCCAGUGCUCCCAAAGAAGAAGAUACAUUUCUCUCUUUCUCUCACCCUCCUCCCCUGCCAUUCUCCCAUAACUUUCCCUCUCUCUACAUAGCCAACACACAAUUUAAAGAGACUGCUACCCAACCAGAACCUUGCUGCUCGAAAUCUCUAAAUCCUCAUACUCUAGUGGGAGAGUAAAGGCAUUGUUUGAAGGAAAGCUGAAAGAAGGACUUGCUUAGAACAAAUGAAGAGUUAUAUAUUUUACUAGGACCACCAAUAGAAGUUCAGCUGCAGCCCAGAGAGGGAGAGGUCCAGUCUUCCCAUCACCAUGCGUGAUUCCUUUUUCCUUACCUGGCAUGUGUCAAAGAUCAGCUGUAAUAAGAGGAAGAAAGGAUUUUUCUCUUUAAUGAUCUUCGUUGGGAAGUUUUUGUGGCCUUUAUUUAAUUUCUUACUACCUACUUGGGCACCUACUUUGUAUCAAACAAAGGUGAAUGAGGAGAGAAUUUCUACUUUUUUAAAAAAGCAAAUAUAUAUAUAUAUAUAUAUAUAUAUAUAUAUAUAUAUACACAUACACACAUGUAUUCAUAUAUGAUAGUAUAAUAGUGAUACCUUAUGGAGAAUUAAAGAGGUAGAAAGCAACUCUGGUUUCUGGGUUUCUGAUGUAAAAAUUAAGGGAUAAUCUUAAUUGAAGAAUUCGAUACAUAGCAGGAAUGAGAGAGUGAGCCUUAAGAGAGGAUGCAACUAAUUAAAAAUCCUAGAACAAUAGUUCUUCUCAUAAUGGCUGUGGUGAAGUUGAGGUAAAAUGCCAUAAUCCAGCUUUGUGCAAGUCAGUCUGUUUAAAAAACUCGGGAGAUGUAAAUAUAAACCUUACUAAUCUCUGGGCUACCCUAGUGACUGUUUUGGUACCUUACAGACCUGUUAAAAGAUCAGCUGGAAUGACUGUGGUCAGAGCUAUUAAGUAUGGCGAUGGGGCCAAACCAACCCAGUGAAAAAACUCAGGCUAUCUACCGGUCUUUCCUGUUUCUACUAACAGGCAAAACAUGAGAAAGGGACUGAUCCCAGCAGGAUGGGCAUGAAAUCAGCCCUAUUUCAAUUCAGUUAAGUUGAAAGGGUUUGGAUUGCUACUGUUUUUUGAAAGGUUCUGAACGCUGGUUAUGGCUUUUAGUGAAUAAAUCAUUUUGCGGGGAAGGCGAAGAAAAGAGUUUUGUUUGUUUUAGGGGCUAGGGAAGUUUGGUGAAUGUUUCAAGGGGAAACCUUAUGGAUGAAUGGAUGUUAGGGAAUACCAAGGAUAUAAAUGAGGUGGGAACCCUCCUUUUCAUGUGGUAUUGAAGGAUGGUUUUAAAGCACUAAGGAGAGCUGAACCAAGACUAAUUUUCUGGCUUAACGAAAAUCAUUUCCAUCCUCUAAAUAUACUGGCCAGGCUAUAGGCUUUAUAUAAUCUUGACAGCAAGAGUAGGAAGACUUUCCCUCAGGCAGUCAGUUGUGCCCAAUUUUUAGCAUGGAUGAUCUAGUAAGAAUUUUAUAAAUGUUGAUUGGACAUCAGCUUUGUUAUGACUUUUACAAAGAAGCAAAAUACAUAGCCACCAUCCCUAAAGGGUUUUUUUUUUUUUUUUUGGUUCCAGUUGGGAAGAGAACACCUUUACACAUAAAAUAAUAUACAGUUACCUCCAUAGGCAGGGCAAUGUAAGUUAGUGUCAAAUUUAUAUUGCAAACCAAAGGGAACGGUUACUGAGAAUAGAGACACUUGAGAAAGUUCCAUGGAGGAAGGGGACAAGUUAAGGACCCUUGCGGAGCUCACAGUCAAGAGAAUUCAUAAAUAGGUGAGAAGUUAAAAUUUUAUCAUCAGGUUAAGUAAUAGUUGAGAACAAUAAUAAAAGAAAUGGGUACUUUUCAGAGUAUGAUGCAGCUACAAAGACAUGCAGACACAUUUUCUUUUUUCUUUUUUCUCUUUUUUUUUUUUUAGGAAUUCAGAAAAAGAAAGCUGUCACAUAAUGGCAUCAGGCCAGAGUGGAAAGGGAAGGCUUUUAAAAAUAAAAACCCCAGUUAAGACCUUGCCUCUGGGUCACCUAUUGGUAUAAGAAGAAACUUGCUGUAAACAAUCCUAAGAGGAUUUCUGUCUUCAGACCUGAACUGUUCAGUACCUCUGAGACUCACUUAGACAACUGCAUUCAUAGGUUCCAUGGAGAAACCCUAACGGUAUUCCAGUUCUCACCUCAACCAGCCCCUCUGUGGAGGCACAACCUCGGGUGCCCUCCCUGUAUCUGGAGGAAUGUGCAGCAGCUUCUGCAGUGGGCCUGCUUUCCUCCCAGGAUUCCUUUCGGGGUUUGGACAUUAACUCCUGAGAGGACCUUGAGACAUAGAAAAGGAAGCAAAUGGCAGGCAGGAAGGAAAGCUAUUUUGUUUUUUGUUUGUUGGUAUAUGUAAAUAAAAACACAUAUCCCGUCAUUGGUAGAGGUUUUGCUUUGGUUGAUAAUAGGGAUUCCAGUGCACUUUAAUAAUUCAGGUUUUCUCUGGAAUUAAGUAGCAUUUAAAGAUCAGUACAGUAAAGGUUUAGGCAAGUAUGCUACUUCAAUUAUAUUCUUUUUUCUGAUUCUCUAGAAAAUUAAAUUAUCAUAGAUGAAGUAUUGGAGUCCAUUGUAGGUCAUUAAAAAAUUCAUCCUAUUUAUAGAUUGAAUCUAACAUUUCUAUCACUUUAUCAAUUGUAGCUAUAUUCUUCCCACCUAAAUUACUAUGUUCAAAGUUUUAAAAAUUGAAUGAAAAUCUUUUUUAAGACAUUUACUGAAAACACUUCGCUACAUUUAUCAUCCUAUAUUAUACAUACAAUUCUAAUAAGACGUUGUUUGCUUCAAUCGUCUCUCUUUUCCUGCCAAGUUUUAACCAAUGCUAUUGAUUUAACUUAAUCACACCCAUCUAGACAUGUAUAAUAGAAAAAGGAAAUUAUACCUGUUACUACAUUCUGUGCCAGGUACUAAACUAAACCCUGAUUGGUAACACUGUUUCUAAAUGCCUCACAACUCUGAAGUCUAAGUAUUGUUAAAAAGACACUAAAGAAAAGAGAAUAAAUUGUUCUACUAAGAUUACAUAGGUGGUAAUAAUAGAAUCAGGAUUUAAACUCAGGACUUCAGGUGCCACCACCAAUAUUUCCUUACUGGCAGUGGUUCUCAAAGUGAGGUCUCUGGACAAAAACAUCAGCAUUACCUGGAAACUUGUUAGGAAAGCAAAUUCUUGGGCUCUACCCUAGACCUACUGAAUCAGAAACUGAGUAGGGCACCCAGCAAUCGGUUUUAAUACUCCCUCCAGGUGACUGAUGCACAUUAAAGUUUGAGAAUCACUGCUCUAUGCCAAUAGUCACCUUUUUCUCAGGUUAGAAUCACCCAGAGAGCUGAUAAAAAUUCUGAUGCCCAGGCUGCAUCUAGAUCAAUUAAGCAGAAUCUCUAGGGGUGGGAAUAGGGCAGCAGUAAAACGGAGUUCAUCAUGUAAUUCCAGUGUGCGGUGUCAGAAAAAAAAACCAGCUCUGGCAUUUAAACCUAGACACUACUUAAAUUAUUGAAUUACAUACAGGCAUUGCUCCAGCCGAAGAUGAGAAUUUCACUUGGGCCCUUUUGGAGCCCAGCUCUCCAUUAGCUUCUGCCUCACGUAUAGAUGUGGAAUAAGAAGUGGAGCAGUAUUUGGCUUCUGAUUUGCUAAGGACUGACCAAACUCCAGCAAAAUGUAUUAGUGAGCGUGUCAGUGUGUGCAUCUAUUAAGUUAAAACCAAAUCAUAGAACAUUGGAGCUAAAAGAUUCUAGGAAGAAUCUGUCUUAAAGAUGAGAAAAUCAAGGUUCAGAGAUGUGAACUAACUUAACCCAGAUCAAAGACUUAGUCUGUGGCAGAGGUGCCCUUUCUGUCUCAUAUAUAUGUCUUGAAUAUAUCCACUAUAUGAACAUAGACAAAACUAUCCUUUUUAUCUCAGUCCACUUCCAUCUUCUUUCUUUGGGCCUUAAAUAAAGAUCAGGAGAACUGAUUGACAGCUGAAGAGUAUUGCAAGCAUCAUGCAGAAUUGGGAGAUUACACAAGAGUAAUCUGAGAAAGACCUUGUAUCAAAUUCAAUCAGAUGAGCUCUUCCGAGACUAAUUCCAAUAGUUCAAAACUAGAAAAGCAUUUCUUUUUUACAUUGGACAUUGUUUUUUUUGUGUAGAUAAGCAAUUUUUAAAAUAUUUUUUAAAAUGAAAACAUAGGUUCUCAACUGUGUGGGGGAGUAGAGUUCAUGUAAUUUCAUGUGAAGCCAAUAAAGGUUUUAUUCUAAUCUAUUUUAGUUGAAAUUUAUCUUUGGACAGAUGAGAGUUUUUUUCUUCAUUCAACAAAUGAGUGCCUACUAUGUGCCAGGUGCUGAAAAUACAAAUAUAAAUUAAAUAUGGUCACUCUAAGCUGAAAUAGCUCAUCAUCUGAAAGUGAGGGAGUAUUUGUUGGUGAUCUUGAUGUUAACGUAUUUUUCUUAUAUCACCUAGAAAUAGUAGAUGGAGUUGUGAAGCUCUUUACCUCUCAUUUAUAAUAGGUUUACAGUUGGUUGCUAUCCUGGGGUAAGCCCCUUUUGCUGUUUCUCUUUUUAUCUGCAAAUCCUUUUGAGACAAGCACUCACAUCCAAAAGGGCAAGUGCUAUCAAAAGGAAGACAGUAUUUUAAGGAAUUCUGUUCUGAUCAGAACCAAGUUCUUAACAGCCAUAGUCUCUUGCCUGAUGUUGAUAUUUAUAGAGAGACUCCAAAGCACUUGAUCUGCUUGCCUGAUAUACUUGAUACUGUAAUAACCUGUAUGAUAAGAAAGCAUUGUUGUGUCUAAAGAAUCAAAUUACAGCAACCACUAGGUCUUGUUUCUAAAUGUUUUCCUUACUGUUCAUAUUCUCUUUUUGCAGGGGAAAAGGGGAAAGGGAGAGAGCUGAAAUGUGGUUUCAAAUGCAAGUCAAUCAUUAACAGAGUCAUUUACAAGAGAACUUUGUGUUUACUGUAAUCAUUAAAUUGCUUGACCAGUCACAGGAAAAUGGGUGAUCCUUCUUCCUACUUUGCAGAUUUACAAAUGGAAUCACAAAAUCGAAUCCCAUUUUAAUUCUGUAUCGGCAGUGCUGAUUUGAAUAUGAGUUUCUUAUUACUGUUUUUGAC